CAGUAGGCGGUGCAUUAUGGCGGCGCUCUCCGCGCUGGGACUGGUCCUUUCGCAGCCAUUUUCUGUCCAACCACACGGCCGUUUGCAGACGCGAACCAACCAGGGCUUCAUUGCAGAUGGACGGAGACAGCACUACCACCGAUACCUCGCAGCUGGCUAUAACGGGUGAUUAUAUGACCGGUGGCCAUUAUGUGCUGCAAGCGCAAGAUGACGAUGGUGAAGAAAGUCUUCACGACCAUGAAGAUGGCAACGGCUGCAAAGACAAUCUCCGAGAGCAGGAUAUUUACCUGCCCAUUGCUAAUGUAGCUCGCAUCAUGAAGAACGCCAUCCCUCAGACUGGAAAGAUUGCAAAAGAUGCAAAAGAAUGUGUACAGGAGUGUGUGAGCGAGUUCAUCAGCUUCAUCACGUCAGAAGCCAGCGAGAGAUGUCAUCAGGAGAAGCGCAAGACCAUUAAUGGCGAGGACAUCCUGUUUGCCAUGUCCACGCUGGGGUUUGAUAUGUACGUGGAGCCGCUCAAACUUUACCUGCAGAAAUUUAGAGAGGCAAUGAAGGGUGAGAAGGGGAUUUCAACUGUGGCAGUCUCAGAAGGCCUAAGUGAAGAACUUACAGAAGACAGUUUCACAAAUCAGUUACCUGCUGGAUUGAUCACAACUGAUGGCCAACAGCAGAACGUCAUGGUGUACACCACGUCAUACCAACAGAUCCCUGGUGUUCAGCAAAUCCAGUUCUCAUGACCUGGACCAGACCUUGACCAUGCACUUGUCCACAGACUGCUCCCUCACCUUGUAAAGUUUUACUGGUGGUUUUGGAGAACAAAGAUAAUGAGUUGUGAGCAGGGAAAGAGGAAACUGCUAGCAGAGAGGCAGAAUUUGUAAAUUUUCUUAUUGAUGUCUGUAAUUCAUGCAACAGUCAUUUGUUACAGUUAUAUAAUACAUGUUAAUUUUAAAACUUUAA